UGAUGAUCAGCAGGCCGUAGCUAGAGCCUCGAAAGGGGAUAUUGUAACCCUACCAGAGCUAUGGGUUCAUAAAAAGGGGAAAGUCCCCUCUGCCUAUCCUGUUUCUAUUAUCAGAUUGGUUAUGGCCUCGUAGAGCUGCUACGGACUACUCACUAGGUACUCAACUUGACGAUCCCUACAAAUGGAGACUAUACUAAAGCGUGCGUUUCCGAACUGGUCUCAGACCCCUAUUCCCGGUGUCGAGCUCUCAGCCUCGGGGCUCCUAGCGCUAGCGGACCUCGGCACCAUCGCCCAGCGAACAAGAAUAGUAGGGGGCUCAUCAUGGCUUGAUGCCCUGUUGCUUGCCCCGGGCUUGCACUACCAGCAGGCUGCCGACGCACUCGCUGGUCAUAGCGAGUCUUACAAUGCCGUCGAGCUAUACGAAGGCAAGACGUCCACGUACAACAUCACCAACACGGCCACCCACCAAUAUCUUGAACGGGUAGGAUUGUCUGGUCAACGCGUCACCGUCGACGUCGGAACCAUGCCAGAGCGAAACUACUACUUUCGCGGCAGCCAGCGGCCGGGACAACGCGCCACCAUCUGGCGGGAUCAGGGUGCAGAUCUCGGAUGGGUCUCCCACGUGCUGUACCUCGCAAGCCCAGUCCUCACACUUACCGCCUUCGUUUUCAUGAUUCUGCUGCGCGAGUGGUGGGGUCUCGCCUCCCUUUUAGCUCUCAUGUUUUCCCGUGUCCUCAACAUCUGGGUCAUCAAGCAGCGCUCGAAGCCCCCCGAGACCCCACCGUCACCAACUCACGUCAGUAGCGUGCUGACCGAGUACCUCGUAGACUUAGGCCACGGCCGCUCUGUCACGUUGCGCGGGAUGGCCGAGGACCUGCAGGCUAUUACCACGACGCAUUGGUUGAGCGCUAAGACGCAUCUAGACGGGUAUCUCGAGGCUGCUGCCAAAUUGACCGUUUACAUGGUCGCGGCUCUUAGCGGGAAUAUGUCGCAGGCUGGUUCUAUCGUCUUCAUGGUGCUGUUGCUUGUGACCGCGGGACUGCUGGGUCUCAGCAACGCCCAUGCCAAGACGUUCCGCAUGCAUGGCCGCCUAGCCGCUCCGACGGUGGAUCACCUCCCGCGCGGCCGUGGCGGUAGCAGGUCCGGCGCUUCGCUACCCUAUCCAGAUUCGAGCAAGGGGGGCAGCGUGUCAUGGCCCGCGACAAUGAGGCAGUCGAGUAGUGGCUUCACGGGCAGCGUGUCGUGGCCAGCAACGAUGACGCAGCAGUCGAGUAGCGGGCUCACGGGCAUGGAAGAUUUCGCGGAACAGGGACAGAUCGGUGGUGUGCUGAGGGAUCGGUAUCCGUUUGACGAGUCGAUGGGUUAUAACUGAGGGACAGUGUGGUCGGUAAUCUGUUGCAACGUUAAAGGCAGGAGUUUGGUUUAGAAGGGGGAUGGGGCGUUGGCGUGUAUAU